CUAUUUUGAUUUUUUUUACAAUUCCAGAUUUUUUUUAUUGUUAUGUAGUUUUUUUGUAGUAUUGCCUAGACAUGAGUGAAAUAUUGAACAAUACAGAUAAUAUUUUAAGCAUAUUUCCCGCUUGUCUUAGAAAAAACAUAGAGGAAUUAUGUUUAAGAAGUACAGUCGGUUUUCUCCCUAUAAAUUUAAAUGAUAUUACAAUAAAUCAAGUUAGAAACAAUGUUGAAGAAAAUGCUUUCAACAAUUACCAUUUUAUUUUAAAAGUUCCUUAUGCAGGAAAAAGACUAAGAUGGGAAGUUAUAUUUGAUCCAGAAGAUUUCUACUUCGCUCCAGAUUUUAUUUUUAACGAUGAAGAGUUUUUGAAUUAUCCAGAUGUUGACACGCUUUCCGAAGUUGUUCCUAGCUGGACGAAUUGGAAUUUAAAAAAUCCCAAAGCUCUAGCACAGAUUCUUAAUGAGUUUUUGACUUUAUACAAAAAACACCAGAUCGAAAAAUUACACCUUGACAAUAUCUAUUCUCGCUACUCUGAGGAAUUCAAAAUUCUAACAAAGGGUACAGAAGGUAUAUCACCUGAGGAUAUUGAAGUUAGUGUAGAUGGCAAUACUUUACAUUUUCUGAUAUGUCUUAAAGUAGAUUGCUCAUCUUUACCAGAAUAUGUGCAACCAAUCAUAUACAAAGGAUCCAACUUAUUAGAUCAUAUGCUGUACAAUCAAGGAGAGGAUUUUGCACAUUUAGUCACAAUCUCCAAGCUAGAUGGUUCCCGCUCUACCCACUCCAUUCACCUAUCUCCUAGAUUAGAACAAGUAUUAGGAGGGUUCCGAUUCAAUACUACAGAUUUUAAGAAAGAUAGUUCACUGUCGGAUGUCGUCUCAUUGGUUUCCAAAACUCUAGACACACGAUUGCAGCAAGUUGCCGAUCAUUUUAAAUUGAAGAAAAUUUUUAUUACUAAUUUAGCAGCAGCUUGUUUUAGAAGUAUUAUUGAAUAUGAUGUACUCACUUACAAUAAGGCUGUUUUUAUUUAUAAUUUGGAUGACUAUAACUGUUUGGUGACAGUUACAAUAGGUCAGAAAUACCCUGUAGAAAAACCUGCUGUAGUACUGUCAUCGGUAUAUUGUCCGGAAUCAAAAGCUUGCAGUAACACUCUUACCAAAUAUCCCUAUAACCCCACGUUAAAGCCAGAAGUUAAUGUGGAACAUUUAAUAGAGUUCUUACACGAUGCCGUUCUGGAUUUCAAGAAUCAUAGACAUUAAUUAUCAUAUUUUAUAUAUACUAUACUGUUCGAAUUAAUUAAGACAAAUGAAAAAAAAAUUAUUCAUUAUUUUAGUCAGUAAUAUAACAUUAUUCAGUAGACUGAAAAAUCUAUAUAUUAGUACGAAAUAUGCCCUCCUUUAGCAGAAAUUAUCUCUUUAACACGCCUUGGGAUUGACUCCACUAGUUUAGCACACAUGUUCUUCGUUGAACCAAACUUGUAUAGCACUUGUUAUAAAUUUUUGUUUUGUGGUGCAAUUUAUCUUAGCUAAAUAUUUCUUGGGAAUUUGCCAUAAGUUCUCAAUGGGAUUAAGGUCUGGUGAAUUACCAGGCCAAUCAUCAUCAUCAUUUUCUUUUACAACUCUUCGUGAGUUUUUGCCGCGUUUACUAUUGCCUUCCAUUGAUUCCGAUCCUGUGCUGUUAUUUCCCAUGGCCUUACUUCCAUCUUCUCCAGGUCUUCCCUGACUGCGUCUUUCCACCUUUUUCUAGACCUUCCUGUCGAUCUUUUACCAUCUGGUCUUUCCCAAAACACAUUGCUAAUCAGUCUGUCGUCAUCACUCCGCACCACGUGACCUGCCCAUCUUAAUCUAUUGGCUUUUAUGUAUCUUACGAUGUUUCCUUUCCCGAAGAGAGUCUCUAUUUCAUUGUUGUAUCUGCUCCUCCAUUCAUUUGUCACGCUGUCCCUGCAAGGACCAUAUAUAAUUCGCAGGAUUUUGCGUUCCCAUACUAAUAGCUUAUUGAUUUCUUUCUUUCUCAAUGUCCAUGUUUCACUUCCAUAUGUCACUACUGGUCGUAUUAUGGUUUUGUACAUUUGGAUUUUGGCACGCCUUGAAAGAAGCUUUGACCUCAUUAGAUGUUGAAUGGCAAAGAAUGAUUUAUUCCCCGCCAGUAUUCGUAUUUCAGCCUCCCGUUCUCCUGUGUUUUCACUGGUAAUUGUUGCUUCUAGGUAUUUGAAUUCUUUGACCACCUCAAAAUUAUGAUCGUUUAUGGUAAUGUUUUGUCUUAUUCGCUGUCGUUCCUGUUUUGAUACGACCAUGUAUUUAGUUUUUUCUUCGUUUAUUUUCAAGCCUACGCUUAGUGUUGCUUUUUCAAAGUUCGAUACUAUAUCCUUAACUUCCAGUGUUGUCUGUGCUAUUGCAUCUACAUCAUCUGCGAAUGCGAGAAUAAUCUUUGCUCCUCUGGCAGUUAUGUCUGGUUUGACUCUGGUAUAGAUUUUUCGCAUUGCGUAUUCCAAUGCUAGGUUAAAUAGUAAUGGGGACAGCGGGUCUCCCUGUCUGAGCACGGUGCUUAUGCCGAAAGCCUCUGAAGUUUUGCCUCCUAUUCUAAUUUGUGCAAAGGAAUUGUUGACACACAUUCGCGCAAUCAUGGUCAGCUUCUUUGGUACGCCUAACUCCAUCAUUGCACUCCACAGUUUUAAGCGAUCUAUGGAUUCAUAUGCUUGUUUGAAAUCUAUGAAGAUCUGGUGUACUUCUUUAUUAUAUUCCCAAUACUUUUCUAGCAUUUGUCUGAUAGUAAAUAUUUGGUCGAUUCUUGAUCUUCCAGGCCUAAAGCCGCAUUGGUAAUCGCCAAUAAUUUCCUCUGUAUAUGGCAGUAAUCGUUUUAGUACAACUGAAGCUAAUAUCUUAUAUGUAGUACCGAUUAUUGAGAUUCCCCUGUAGUUGCCACAUGUAUCCUUUCUACCUUUUUAUGUAUUGGCACGAUAAUACAGCCACUCCAUUCUUUUGGCAUUAUUUCUUGUUCCCAGGCUUCUUUCAUUAAUUGGUGUAUUUUAGUUCUAAGUUCAUGCCCUCCUUUUUUAAUCAGUUCUGCAUCAAUAUUGUCUAGUCCCGGGGAUUUGUCAUUUUUUAGGGUUUCUAUCGCUUUAUUUCCAUCCGCGUCCACCUGGACAUUUAGAAGACUUUCAAAGUAUUCAGCCCAUCUUUCGAUUAUUUUAUUUUCAGCUGUAAUCAUUUGCUCAUUUUUAUCUCUCACAAAGUUCGGUGUUCUUAUAUAUGCACCUUUCUUAUGUUGUCUUACUUCUUUGUAGACUUUUUUAUUUUGCUUGCUUCUGUGUUCACGUUCUACUUUUUCAAUUUGUUGUUGUAAAUUUUGUCUCUUUUUUCUCCUUACUGUUCUUCUGGCUAAGGCUCUCUCUCUAUUGUAUUGUUCACUCUUUUCAUCCGUCGGGUUUGCUAGGUAGUCGAUUCUUCUUUUGUUUGCUUCUUUUAAGGUAUCUUCGCAUUCUUCAUCAAAACAUUUUUUUCUUUUUGCUUUUCUCUUCCGACCUAUACACUUCUCUCCUGUUUCUGUAAUGAUCGUUUUAAUGGAGUACCAUUUCUGGUCUAUAUUUUCUCUUUCAUUUUCUUUCGUUUCCAACACCUGGAAUCUGUUUAUCAAUUCUAGUUGGUAUUGUCUCUUUUCCUCUUCUUCCAAUUUAGACACAUUCCAUCUUUCGAUCUUCAUCUGUUUGUCUGUUGUUUGUGUUGAGAUUCUAGUUCUGAGCUUGGCCUUUACUAGGAAAUGGUCUGUAUCACUAUCUGGUCCCCGUCUAGUUCUUACAUCUAUUAUACUACUGGAAUGCCUCCCAUCAAUUAAUACGUGAUCAAUUUGGUUCCUCGUUCUUCCAUCAUUUGAUCUCCAUGUUACCUUAUAUAUGUUAUUCCUGGCAAAUUGGGUGCUUUUGAUAAUCAUGUUGCACCCUACUGCAAACUCAAUCAGCCUUGAACCAUUGUCAUUGGUAAUGUCAUGUAGACACUGAUUUCCAGCUACCGGCCUUGUGUUCUUCUUUGCCUAUUUUUGCGUUUAAGUCCCCUAAUAUUAUUUUGAUGUCAUGUUUUGGGGCUUCCGUGUAUAAUCGGAUUAGGGAGUCAUAGAAUUCUUCCUUCUCUUCCUCUGCUGUUUCUUCGGUUGGUGCAUACACUGAGAAUAUCGAUAGAUUUAACCAUUUGCCCUUUAUUCUUAUGCUACAGACUCUAUCAUUAAUUGCUUUGAAAUCUAGUAUAGCAGAUUUAACCCUUUCGCUUAUAACAAAACCACACCCUCUUUCGUGACAUGUUUCAUGUCCCGACCAUAGCACUAUUGACUUCUCCAUUUGGAUUGUCCCAGACCCAGUCCAUCUGACUUCUUGGAUUGCAGUCACAUCGUAUUGUAGUUCUUCCAGCUGUUUUAUUGCUCUUGUGGAAAUUCCAGGUCGAUACCAACUUAGCAUGUUCCAUUAUUGCCUUCGAGGACGUGAGAGUAGAAUUUGUUGGCAGAGCUGAGUUCUAUUCCUAGAACUUCCGACUUUUUCGUCAGAAAACAGUGGACGUUUCUCAGAGUUUUAUUGCAGUUCGAGCAUCGACAACUCGUACUGCCUCCGAGGCCCUUUACUAACCUUUAACCACCAUUACCAGGCCAAUGAAGCACUUUUACUGUAUUUUCCAGCAUAAAAGUCUGGACCAAUUUCGAAUUGUAACAAGUUGGCACGUGAUGUUGAAAUGUUUCGAUAAAUGGAGCAAUCCUGCGUAAUAUUUCAAUGUAUUUGGCAAAAUUCAUCAUGCCUUUAAUAGGAACUAAUCGUCUAGUACCAUUUGUUGUGAACAAAACCCAAAAAAUCUGUUUAAAAGAGUAUUUUAGUUUGUUGAAUAUAAUCUCAUCGGCGUCGCAGAGGUUCACUUCACUUCGUAAUGUAAUUCAUCACUGAAAAUCACUUUUUUUCAAUCGUCAAUAGUACAUUAUCGGUAUUUUUGGACUUCGUUAGCAUUUUUCAUAAUUUUCCGUGUUAGAAAUUGUUUUUUCUUCGCUUUCUUUUCUUUUUCUUCCGGCCAACUUCCAUAAUCCUUUUCUGUAGAGUAGCUAUAUCUCCCAGAGUUAUAAGAGUUUAAGAGCGAUAACUUUAACAUGCUUCUUAGGAGUAUCCAUCUUUGAACAAGCAAGAAUAACAUGUAUUACACGGAACACAACAUUAUCACCACUGACUGCCACGCAGAGAAGCUCACAACUGAACUGAACUACUGACACUUUAAAAUCAGUCAAACGAGUAAAUUAUAGUCAAAGUCGAUUCGUCACGCAGUCGAUCUGUCUCUAGGCAGAUAUAUCCGGUUGAAGGCAGUUCGGUGUAAUAAUAUAUUAACUCAGACCAGAAAAUGUUUGUCCAACUUAUUCGAACAGUAUAGUAUUAUUGUGUAAAUGUAAACAUUUUGUAUUAAAGUUUAUUACUUAA